AUGAAGCUCAACAUCGCCAACCCGACGACGGGGAUGCAGAAGCUUCUGGAGGUCGACGACGACAAGAAGCUGCUGCCCUUCUUUGACAAGCGCAUGUCCGUCGAGGUGGCGGGUGACUCCCUCGGCGACGAGUUCAAGGGCUACGUCUUCAAGAUCUCCGGCGGCAACGACAAGCAGGGGUUCCCGAUGAAGCAGGGCAUCCUCUGCAACCACCGCGUGCGCCUCCUGUUCAAGAAGGGGAUGUCCUGCUACCGGGAGCGCCGCGCCGGCUGCCGCAAGCGCAAGUCCGUCCGCGGCUGCGUGGUGGGCCCGGACCUGGCCGUCCUCGCGCUCACGCUGGUGAAGAAGGGCGCCGAGGAGAUCCCCGGGCUGACCGACGACCAGAAGCCGCGCAGGCUGGGCCCCAAGCGCGCGGCCAACAUCCGCAAGCUGUUCAACCUGGAGAAGAAGGACAACCCGUGCCACUUCGUGGUGCGCCGCGCGAUCGACCGCGGCGAGGGCAAGAAGCCGAAGUCCAAGGCCCCCCGCAUCCAGCGGCUGGUCACCCCCGCGAUGCUGCAGAGGAAGCGCUACUUCAAGGCCGCGACCCGCAAGAGGAUGGAGGCCGGCAAGGAGCUGAAGCAGCAGUACGCCAAGCGCCUCUCGGAGUACCAGAAGGAGAAGAAGGAGGCGCGUGCCGCCGAGGUCGCCAAGAAAAAGAAGGCCUGA